UAUGGCUUUUUUGGCCCUACCAAGCCGCCGUGUGUUUGUGUUUUGGCUCUGACGAAAAUGGCGGACGAGCUGGAAAGAGUACGAAUUUCAGCCGCGGAGCUACGAGCAGAAGCGUCGAAUUUCACCACACACGACGACAGUAUAAGAGAAUUGCGAGAGGAGGGUAAGAAGCAACGGCAACGAGACAGCAAACGUCCAGACUUGCAGCGGUACAAACCUGGUGCUGCCCAUCCACGCAGACAUAAGGACAGCUUAGAAGGAGCCGGCUCAGACCCCAUGCACCCACCAGACGAUUGUGUUUUUGGUAAUGACACCAAAAUGCCUGACGGCUCACCUACCAGUCCUGGAUGCUCUCGUGUAAGCUCUGGAGAGUUUCCAAAUGAUCACAGCCAGCCUGAAGCAAAUCAUAACACUAAAGGACAUGUAGGCAUUAAUAACCACCAACUUGUGGAUGGAAAUGCUGUUAAAAGCAUUGAAGGUGCUGGUACACCCAGAUCACCGAAGCAGUCAAGAAAGAUGCGUAAACCUGACCGUGAGAUAUAUCAACCAGGGGGGCGAAGGUCUCAAGUACACAAAGAGACCGGGGUGAGCAAAGAAUUAGAUGGGGAUCGAAGGAGAGAGGAGGAGGAAGUGAGUGGGAAAUCUGCUGAAACAGUUAUUAAGUGUGAGAAAGAGGAAAAGCGUAGAAACAGGCGAGGGAAAGAUGGCAGGAAAAAGCAAGAGUCAAAGGGAACUGUAGACUCCCCUUCUGCAAACAAAAAUGAGAAUAAUGUCGAGAGUGUCACAGGUAAAGUCAGUAAUCUCCAUUUAGGGUCUGAGGAAAGCAAAGAUGGAGCUGGGCAGGAUGGUUCAAGCCGGAGAAAACCUAGUGGGGAAGGGCGAAGAAGCCAAGUAGGUGGAGGGAAUGAAGUGACUGGAGAAGACAAAAAAAAGGAGAGGGGUAAUGGGAAAUUCAGAGCAGGAAGGGAAAAAGGUAACAACCAGGGCUUUGCCAAGAAAGAGGAAGGGGAAGGAGGAGGAAAAGGCCCAGAAGCAGAUCAGCCUGAAGGAAAAAAGCAGAGAAAUGUUGGCGGAAAAGAGGUGAGCCGUGACCAGAACAUGAACCAUGAAAAACAACAAGGGAAUAGGCCAAAAGAGAAAGGGAGACCAUCUGAGAGAACUGAUUCAAACCGAGUCAACUCUGCCUCAAAGCGCUACUCUCAGUCAGACAUCCGGCGUCCUCGAAACCGCACCUACAGCACGAGUUCAGCCAGUAGCGGGACCAGUAUGGACGGUCUGGCUGAAGCUGAGAGACUUAGAGGGGAGGGCCAGCAGUUGGCGCCACGCACUGCGGAGAGGACCGCUGGGCAGAAGGAGUUCAUCCGAGGGAGCCAGGGCCGCCCGAGGAGACGGACAGCACGGACAUUGUCCUCCACAGAUUCGCUGGAGGAAAAUGAGGUGUGGGAGCGAGAAGAUAGAAGAGGCAGAGUUGCUGACGAAGCCAAGAGCACCCACAAAGGUCCUGAAGGGGGCGGAAGAGGGCAAAGAGCACCUGCAUCUAGCGGUCGAGGAGGAAUUUUGAGAGUUUCUUUGGACAAGCAUUCAAGCGAGGAGCAAGCGAGCCGAAAAAACCCUAGAGGUCGUGGGAGGGGCAUCUUGGUGCUUCCUGCCCACACUGAUCUAAGUUUGACCCCUGAGCCCGGGCCUCAGCUUGGAGCAAUGAGAGGAGGAAUGGGUCUUAGCCGUGGAAGAGGCGGCCGUGGAGGAGGGACAAGACGCCUUUGGGACCCAAAUAACCCGGAUAAGAAACCAGCACUGGUGUCAAGCCAACAAUCCCAGCAUGCAUCUCUCCAGCAGGCUUUGUACUUGCAGCAGGGUGGAUGCGGGCCGCUGCACUUUCUGGACACUGAUGACGAGACCACAGGAAGUCCUCCUGUCCGACAGGGUGAGUUUUUUCAAAACCAGCAAGCCGCUGCCAUGGCUUACUACAAAUUCCAGAAUUCCGAUAAUCCUUACUGCUAUCCGCUAUCGGCCAAUUCCCCAAACACCCCGCCACGCUAUCCUUACCCAUAUCACAUUCCCUACCAAAUUCCUGGCUCCAAUGGGAUGUAUCCUGCCUCUAUGCCACCUUUUUAUGGACCCUACGGGCAAGGUGGGCCAGGUUAUCCCUCUCCAGCUGGAUCUGGUCUCACUCUAGAAGAUGCAGAGGUGCAGACCAGAGGAGAGCUGGGAAAGUUUCUUCGGCUGGCUGACAGUCAGGAGCUCCAACUCAGUAACCUGCUGUCCCGGGAACGACUGAGCCAGGAGGGACUGGAGAGGAUGGCCCAGCUCAGAGCUGAACUCCUGACAUUGUAUGAGCGGGUGAUUUUGACAGACAUAGAGUUCUCUGACUCUCAAAACCUGGAUCAGGCUCUGUGGAAGAAUGUGUUUUACCAGGUGAUAGAGAGGUUUAGGCAGCUACUGAAGGACCAGACAACAGACACAGCCCCACAAAUAAAAACCAUGCUCAUGACCUUACUGGAAGAGGGGGCAGUAUUCUUUGAUUCGCUGCUACAGAAGUUGCAGACUGUUUUUCAGUUCAAGCUGGAGGACUAUAUGGACUGCAUGGCUAUACGAGCAAGACCUCUACGCAAGACGGUGAAGUAUGCUCUGAUCAGUGCCCAGCGCUGCAUGAUCUGUCAGGGGGAUAUCGCACGAUAUCGUGAACAGGCUAGCGACUCUGCUAACUACGGGAAGGCACGCAGUUGGUAUCUAAAAGCUCAGCAGAUUGCUCCAAAAAAUGGAAGACCCUACAAUCAACUGGCCCUGUUAGCAGUGUAUACGAAGCGAAAGCUGGACGCUGUAUACUAUUACAUGCGUAGUCUAGCCGCCAGUAACCCAAUCCUCACAGCCAAGGAGAGUCUGAUGAGUCUGUUCGAGGAAGCCAAGCGCAAGGCUGACCAGAUUGAACGUAGACGGAAGCAGGAAGUAGAUGGAGGUACACGUGGACCCCAAGGUCAUGUAGGUGGGCGUCGUGGUGAGGACGCCACCCGUGUGGAGAUCUGGAUGCGUCCCACUGGGCAUCCGGGCACUUCUCGUCCAACAGGCAGUGAAUCGGGCAAAGACUCUGAGCUGGAUGGAGAGCUGGGAACUCUGAGUCCCAGUGAUCUCAACAAGAGGUUUAUUUUGAGUUUCCUGCAUUCUCAUGGAAAGCUCUUCACUAAAGUAGGGAUGGAGAGUUUUCCUGCUGUAGCCAGUCGAGUGUUGCAGGAGUUCCGGGCCCUCCUCCAGCACAGCCCCUCCCCCCUCGGCAGCACACGCAUGCUACAGAUCAUCACUAUUAACAUGUUCACCAUCCAUUAUGCACAGAUCAGAGCUGAAGGGCAGGGUGAAACUCGGUCUGUGUUAGAGGGGCAGACCAUAUCUCUUGGUUUAGCUAUGUUUGGUCUCCUUGUGCAACGUUGCACUGAACUCCUAAAAGAAACACCUGCUGAGCCUAUCCCAGCAGAAGAGCUAGGGGAGUUCGAUGAAAUGGACGAUGAGGAGGGGAUGGUGCGCGUGUCUGUUUUCCCUCCUGACCUCAGAGAGCUGCUGCCCAGCAUGAAGGUCUGGUCCGAUUGGAUGCUCGGCCACCCAGACAAGUGGAACCCUCCUCCCUGCAGUAUUCAGGAAGGUCCAGAUGUGUGGCAGUGUCUUGCAGAUCUGUGCAACUCUUUGGCCCGCGUGUAUCACGGCGAGGUUCUGCUGUAUAAAGCUGAUGUAGAUGGAGAAGGAGACGAGGAACUCAGAGUCCUACAGCUGGAGGAGGACAAAAUGCUCUCUGGCUUUGUCCCACUCCUCGCUGCCCCGCAGGAAGCUUGCUAUAUAGACCAAGGAACUGAUGGGGCUAUAGCAGCGGACUGUAAGAGAGUGACCGUUCUGAAGUACUUCCUGGAAGCUCUGUGCGGGCAGGAAGAGCCGCUACUGGCUUUUAAGGGAGGAAAGUACAUUUCCAUGGCAACACCUCCUACACCCAGCGUAAACACAGAGAACAAGGCGCAAACUCAAGAACAGGAGGAUGAUGUCAUUGUGGAGGAAUCGUCUCUCUCGGCAUCGGAAGGGGAGAUCGAUGGAGAGAUGGAAGGAGACGGAAGUGAGGAUGAUAUCAGAGAGCUGAGGGCACGGCGCCACGCUCUCACACACAAGCUGGCACAGCAGCAGAAACGGCGGGACAAGAUACAGGCUGUUCUGCAGACGGGUGGGCAGCUGGAGAUUCGGAUCAGGCCGUUCUAUCUAGUCCCGGACACAAACGGCUUCAUAGAUCAUCUGGACGGCCUGAGGAAGCUUCUGGCCUGUGGGACGUACGUCCUGGUUGUGCCUCUUAUUGUGAUCACCGAGUUGGACGGUCUGGCUAAAGGACAGGACAGUCGUGAGGGGGUCGGUAAUGGUGCCCAUGCCCGACAGGUGCAGGAGAGAGCCAGAGCAGCGGUCAUGUUUCUGGAGAAAGCAUUCGAGUCUAGAGAUCCCUGCAUCAGAGCGCUCACCAGCAGAGGAAACACACUGGAGUCCAUCGCCUUCCGCAGUGAGGACACUUCUGGACAAAAGGGCAACAACGAUGAUGUCAUCCUGUCCUGCUGUCUGCACUACUGUCAGGACAAAGCCAAGGACUUCAUGCCUGCUGAGAGAAAUGGGCCAGUGAGGUUACGCAGGGAGGUGGUCUUGCUCACGGACGACCGCAAUCUGCGAGUCAAAGCUCUCACACGCAACGUGCCAGUACGGGACAUCCCAGAAUUCCUGAUCUGGGCUAAAGUAGGCUGAAGCGCAGAACUGACCUACCGCUGUACAAACCAAUCAUCCUCCACUGCAAAAAGUUGGAGAUGAAGAAAUGAUGUCACACAGAGAAGAUGAAUAUUAAGGGGAGAAAUACUACAAGAGCGGAGUGACACAUCAAGCCACUUUACAAGAAGAAAUGAGGAUUUUCCCCUUACAACGCUGCGUGCAUAGACAACCGCUUACUUCUGAGGGUGAGAUAGACACGAUUGGAGGGGGUUGAAACCAGCUUAGCUGAUUCGGGGGUUGAUUAAAAGCCAGGAUAAAGAUGCACGCUAGGUGUCUGUGUGUGAGCAAGAGAGUGUCAGCUUGUAGUGUUUGUGUGAAGUCACACGUGCUGCGGAUGAGCUCAUUCCAGUGCUUGGGCCGCUCUCAAAGGGCCUGCGAUGAGGCAAGAGCUCCAGUAGGGGGGCGGCGUGAGGCGGUCUCACCUUCCACUUCAGCGGUCCAUGAGGCCCUGAUUGCGUUUUCAUCGCUUCAGUGCAUGCUUGGUUUGCUCUGAGCAUGAUUGUUUUAAAGCUCUUAUGAUUUUUACCUGCUUAUUUAAGUUUGCAUUGCAUUUUUGACUUCAGUUUGGACUGUCAGGUUCUUGUUUUCAUUUAGGUCACUUGGUUUAGUUGUAACAUCCUCAUAACUGUCUGAUCUUCUGUAGUAGCAUCUUUAUAAGUGUGUGAAUCCAAGUCAGAAUAUAAGACUGUAACGUGUGUGUCAAGUAAAUACUGAAGUAAUGAAUCUGUCAUCACAGUAGUUUUAAUACAGACUUAAAUGAGGCUUUCAACACAUUGUCAUUGCUGAAAAUUAACCACAAACUUUAUCUGUCUCUAAAUGGAAAUCUGCAUUUUUGAGGUCGCGCUAACAGAAAACAGUUUCCUUUUUUUUCCCCCACAACCAUCAAGAAAAAAAUGCAUCUAAAAAGUGUAUCUUGUUCACAUUUUAGUCUUGGAAAUGUUUUAAGAUGUUCUGUGCAAAUUAUUUUCACAUCUGUAUUAAGUCGAGUGGUUUGUCUGUGCUUGCGUUUUAGUGUAUUUUUUUUCCAUUUCCAAAGCUUAAGUAUUGUAGUUCUAAUGGGACCUGGUAUGUCAUCUUACAGUCUUAUUGUUUUAACGCUAAAAAAAAAUCAUCCUCCUCUUUCUGUUCUGUGGUAAGAAAAAGCAGCAUCUGAAUUAUUCACCUCUGAUUACAAGUCUUCCUAAUUUGUUUUUAAGUGUUGUGGAUUUAAUUAAAACUAAUUUCUGCGUUAA